AUGAACUUAAAAAUUUUUCGCCUCAACUUUCUAGUGAAGGAACUGGAGAAAGGAAGAAAAGUUGGAGGAUUUGGCGAAGGAUUUGGCCAAGGAAGCACAAGGAAGAUGGAAGAAGCCAAACAAGCAGCACAUAGAAGAUUUCGAAUCCUUAAAGGAACAGAAGUGUGCGGAAGAAAUUAUGGCGUUCGAGGAAUCGAGAAGAUGAAAGUUGAGGGAGAGAUUCUCGAUGUCGACGGCGAAAUUAAAAGAAGACGGAACGGAAUGUACCAAAAAUUGGAGAAAGUUCAAAAUAGAUUUCAAAGAAAACCUGAAUUGCGAAAUAAUAGACACCGCGAAACCACAAACGAAGAGAGCAGAAGAGAGGUCACCAGACUGUACGAGGCAAAUGAUAUCCGACAGGGAGAGAAGGUGGAAACCGGCGAGACAGUGAGAAAAAGGUGGAGGGACCAUAACACGCGUGUGUAA